AUGUGCCCGAAUGCACAAUCGAUGGUUGAGCUAGUUGGGGAGCUUCUGCGUCUUCGAGUCAUUUUCAGACACGAGCCUUCAACUCAAACUGUUCGACUUUGUCCUAAUCAGCAUGCCUGUAUGUGGAACACCAAACGAUCACUGUAUCGUGAAGCUCUCUUCCUAUUACUUGCGGCCCAUGGUCCCGCCGAAGUCGAUAUUGGUAAGUAA